AUGACAACACAAUUUGACGCGAUAUUCCAUGGACUGUCUCCCGAGCUCGGAAAGUUCCGUAUCGCCGCGAGCGGAAUGGCGUGGAAAGGCGUGGACAGCGAUAAAAUGGUCGCGAUAUCUUCAGCAGACAUCAAGUGGGCGCAAUGGCUCAGAGUGGCGCGUAAUUACCAGCUGAGGGUGGGGUUGAAGGAUAGGUCGCGGGAGAUAUUCGAUGGUUUUGGGCGCGAGGACCACGACAAACUCUCACAACUCUUGAAACAACACUUCAGCGUCACUCUUGAGACGAAGGAGGUUUCGUUCAAGGGAUGGAAUUGGGGCGUCACAGACUUCCAGGGCGAGGACCUCGCUUUCCUCGUCUCAAACAAGGCCUCCUUCGAGCUGCCACUCUCAGAGGUCGCCAACUCAAACAUCGCUGGUCGAACGGAAGUGUCCCUUGAGUUCACCACACCAUCAGGGAGCAAAAAGUCGAAAGGUGCACCAGAUGAGAUGGUCGAGAUUCGCUUCUACGUGCCCGGAACUGUGAACCGCGACCGCGGCUCCGACGCGGGCUCACAAAAGUCGGAUGACGAAGAGGAGGUCAGCGCUGCGCAGGCCUUCCACGACGCGAUCAAGGAGAAGGCGGAGAUAGGCCAGGUUGCUGGCGAUAUCAUUCUCAGCUUCGAGGAAGUGCUCGUCCUCACGCCCAGAGGUCGGUACGAUGUCGAUAUGUUCCCUGACUUCCUGCGGUUGCGUGGUAAGACAUAUGACUACAAGAUCAUGUACAACAGUAUUUCGAGACUAUUCCUCCUACCCAAGGACGAUCAACACGUACUCUUCAUUCUGGGCCUCAGCACUCCGAUUCGGCAAGGUCAGACGAGAUAUCAAUAUCUGGUCAUGCAGUUCAGCAGGGAAGAGGAGAUUACCGCUGAGCUCAACAUGUCAGAAGAGGAAGUUGCCCAGUAUGAUCGCCUCAAGAAAAACUACGAAGACCCAACCUUCGAGGUCGUGUCAGGCGUCUUCCGCGCCCUCUCCAAAAAGAAGAUCAUAGGAGCGGGCAGCUUCACCAGCCAUGCCGGUCACCCAGGCAUCAAAGCCAACCUCAAGGCCGUGCAAGGCGACCUGUUCCUGCUCGAGAAAUACGUUUUCUUCGUCUCCAAACAGCCGACGCUUGUUGAGCUCUCGGACAUCCACCAAGUCGUCUUCUCGCGGCUCGGUGCGGGGCUCGGCGCCACCGCCGCACGGACGUUCGACGUGAAGAUCGUGACGAAGAGUGGGCCGGAGUACACCUUCACCUCGAUCAACAAGGAGGAGCAUGAGGGCACGGAGGCAUACCUCAAGGAGAAGAAGGUGAAGGUGAAGAACGAGAUGAUGGAGGGCGAGCUCAUCAUGGCGGGUGUGGACGACGAGGACGAGGAGAUGCAGAGUGUGGCGAGCAGCGGCGAGGAGGUGCCGAAGCCUCGGGGGAUUAACGACGAGGAGGAUAGCGAAGAUGACGAGGACUUCCAUGUGUCAGACUCGGACUCUGGGUCACCAACAGAGGCGUCAUCAGACGACGAGGGCGCACAGACUGCAUCAGACGCGAGCGGCGACCGCGACUUCAUCAAGAAGGGCAAGGGCAAGGGCAAGGCCGCCAAGAAGAAAGCCCCCGCAAAGGACAAGGCCGACGAGAGCGACGCGGAGGACGAUAGCAAGCCAAAGAAAGCCGCCCCGCGACCAAAGCCAAAACCCAAGAAAUCUGACGAUGCGAUGGACGUUGACGAGGAGCCCCCGGCCAAGCCCAAACCCAAGCCCAAGCCCAAGCCCAAGGCAAAGCAGGAUGGCGGUGAGGAGGGCCCGGCGAGGAAGAAGAUCAAGAAAUCGGAUUAG